UUAGGCCAAGAACGCCCUGGCUCAUGCUGUUCAGUCGGCCCGUCAUGACUGCGACCUGCUCAGAGAGCAGUACGAGGAGGAGCAGGAGGCCAAGUCUGAGCUGCAGCGCGCAAUGUCUAAGGCCAACAGCGAGGUGGCUCAGUGGAGAGCCAAAUACGAGACUGACGCCAUUCAGCGCACUGAGGAGCUGGAGGAGUCUAAGAAAAAGCUUGCCCAGCGUCUUCAGGAUGCAGAGGAAUCUAUCGAGGCUGUGAAUGCGAAAUGUGCCUCUCUGGAAAAGACAAAACAGAGACUGCUUGCUGAAGUGGAGGACCUGAUGAUAGAUGUGGAGAGAGCUAAUGCUCUGGCUGCUAACCUCGACAAGAAGCAAAGAAACUUUGACAAG